GGUGAUGUCCCGACGGGGAUCGAGCGUGUACCAGGGGUCCACAGGCGGGCUCAUGCUGCAGCAAGAGUCCGAGGACAGCUGGCAGAAUCGGGGACUGGAGCAGGAACGAGAAUACGCCCGCUUCAAUCGACCGGAACUCCUCAUCACUUGCUGCGACUAUGUAUGUAUACUUACGAUCAAGGAUAGAGAAGAAUUGGGGACCAUACUCCCCCCACCUGGGGACACGCUUCGAGCGAGAAGACCUUCGAUAUGGGAGCUACCCGAUGACGUGCUUUCUGCGCCAGUACUUUCAAGGGGUUCUCCAAGAUCCCCACCAGCGGUUUCACCACGGUUCCUGGCGCCGUCCACAGCGGAAUAUCCUACGCAAGACUUGGACACGUUAUUGGAAAAUGCAGGUCUCCAAGAUAUAUUGGAGAAGGAUUUCGUGUUGAUGCAAGGCCUGAAACACGAUCUUAAUAGAAAAUUAGCGGAAAUGGAAUCGAACAUGCAUUCGAUGGCUAGUGCGGUGAGCGUGGGCGCCCCGUAUUUAGCGUUGAGGACGUACGAUCCUGACCCCAUGCAUCCUGUAGAUGAAAUGGUGGAUACAUACAAAAGAGUUAUGAAAUUAUUUCCUGCUUCAAGUGUGGGCGGUACACCGACUGGGAGCGAAUCCACUACCCCAAGGAAUAGAACUUCACGAUUAUGAGACAUCG